AUGCAUUCGAUAGCCGAGGCCGAAGCAUUGGUCGCUUCUAUUUUCUCCUUUUCCGCACGAUUCCACGCGGGCGAAAAAGACGAGUCUUUGUGGAACUACUUUCCAGCGCCGUCCUACUUCGCCAAGAUUGCCUCCAAGAGAAUCGAAGAUGCCUUGGGACCCUACGACGAGACCCCGCCGCCGCUGUGGCUCUUACAGGCAAGUGUUCUGGAUACGUUUUACCGCCUCACACGCAGUGUGCGGUCGAGUUCGUGGCGGGCCACGGGCAACCUCGUCCGUCUGGGGUACGACCUUGGGCUGCACCUCGUCGACGUGGACGGCCAGAGACGGGACAGCCAGGGCAAUAUAGAUGUCGAAUUCUGGUCGGCACAGGAGGAGCAGCGGCGGUGCUGGUGGGCCAUCUGGGAGCUCGACGUGUAUGCCAGCACGAUUCGCCGGCUCCCUCUCGGGAUGCACUGGUCGCAAAUGUACACGCUCCUUCCGAUACACGACAGCGACUGGUUCGAGAACAGGUACCGGCCAAGCUGCCGCCUGCCGAAAGACGCGGCCACAAGAUGGGAGACGCUGUUGGCAUCCGGAAACACGAGCCCGAGGGCAUGGUUCAUAGCCGUCAGCUCGCUCAUGCACGACGCGCAGCAGCUCGCGUACACGCCAGAAACAAACCAGGACCUCACGGGCAGUCAAAAGGCGCAGCAACUCGCCGGUAUUUCCAACUGCUUGAGCCAUACCACGACCGCGCUGCCCGCCGGCCUGCGCUACCUGGGCGAGACGCUCGACUUUCGCACCAAGGCGGCGCCCAGCGAAGCCAGCCUCCGACAGCACCAUGCCGACAUUUUCAGCAUCCACAUGGUAACACAGCUGACGCGCUUCAUGCUUACCCACCAGCAUGUGCACGCCGUGUCCCAGACUAGUCCCGGCGUUCACGGGUCGCCGGCGAGUCACAGCCAAGGCGAGCAAGCGGCGGCGGAUGACGCAGCGUGGACCAACUAUAUGGAGGCAUCCGAGGCCAUCGUGACGCUGGUGCGCAACAGCGCACCCGACAGCUACAAGUACUUGAACCCGUUGGUCGCCCACGCCGCGCUAUGGUUUGCCGCCACCGCCCAGAGUACAUACCUCGGCCGCUCGCGCUAUAGCAAAACCCUGGCCGCGUCCAACUACGAGCUGCUGGCGCGUUUUAUGGAGCAGUGCGUCGGGUUCUGGGGCAGCGCCGAGAUUCUGCGCCCGCAUCUCGGCAAAAGCGAGGCCACCGUCCUCGACAACUUGAUGCACACGCCGGAGCAACAACGGGACGGGAGCCACGGUGCUGGGCGGGCAGGCGGAGGCGGCGAUGCGGAGAUGGAGACGCCUCCCAUGAUGAAUAGCGACAGCGCUGGGCACGGCGCGCCCGGGUACGCGGACCUCGUGGGCAUGCAGGUGGGUGGCGACGGCGGGCUGGACGGGCCGCAGCAGGUUGGCACCUUGUCGUUUCUGCCCAUACUUCAAGAACGACCGCUUAUGAGCCAGCUCGGAUCGUUUGAGGAUUUGGAGUAUUUGUUUCCGUACGGCGUGGACAAUGCAAGUGGGCAGGGAACCGAUAACCCGCCCCCAGCCGUGUAA